CGAGGAGUUCUUGGUUGCGAAGGUAAAGCAAAGUAGUGUUUCCACUGACUGACUGCACUGGGCUUGGGCUGGCUUGAUGCUGGCAGCCCGAAUGGCAGCAUACUGCCCACAUAUCUGUCAACUUACGGGCACCUCAUAAUGUCUGCGCCGUGUGUUGGAAAAUCGACAAGUUAGCAUCGCGGAUUAGAAAUAUCAGUUUUGCUUUUCCACCAAUUGAGCUUCGGAGCCUCGCCGGGAAGCGUUGAGCUGAACUAUAGCUCGAAGAAAUUACAAUGCCAUCGCCUACGCCGAUGGAGGGACCGUCCGGAGAUGGAGACCUCUUUACGGUCAAACAUGAGCUUAAGAACGCCAACCUGACAGGCCAUGUGGAGAGGGUAGGAAUAGAAAACUUUGAGCUUUUGAAGGUACUCGGCACAGGAGCGUACGGCAAGGUGUUCCUGGUGAGGAAGGUGAGUGGCCACGAUGCUGGCAAGCUGUACGCCAUGAAGGUCUUGAAAAAGGCCACCAUCGUGCAGAAGGCCAAGACAGCGGAGCACACACGAAGUGAGCGGCAGGUGCUGGAGCACAUUCGGCAGUCGCCGUACCUCGUCACGCUCCACUACGCCUUCCAGACUGACACUAAGCUGCACCUCAUUCUCGAUUAUGUCAACGGCGGCGAGCUUUUCACGCAUCUGGUGCAGCGGGUCCGCUUCAAGGAGCAGGAAGUGGCACUGUACAGCGGCGAAAUCGUGCUAGCGUUGGAACAUCUCAACAAGCUCGGGAUUGUGUACCGUGACUUGAAGCUGGAAAACAUUUUGCUGGAUUCAAAUGGUCACAUCGUCCUCACAGACUUUGGUCUUAGUAAAGAAUUUGAUCAGGUGGAUCGAGCCUUUUCUGUGUGUGGCACAAUUGAGUACAUGGCUCCUGAGAUUGUGGAAGGAGGCGAGUCCGGACACGACAAGGCAGUGGACUGGUGGAGUCUGGGCGUUUUGAUGUACGAGCUUCUGACCGGCGGCUCGCCCUUCACCAUUGACGGUGAUGAGAACUCGCACACGGAUAUAGCCAGGAGGAUUCUAAAAAAAGAUCCUCCUUUCCCCAAAGACAUGGCACCACUAGCCAAAGACAUCAUCAAGAGACUGCUCACUAAAGACCCCAAGAAGAGGCUGGGCUCAGGUCCAAAUGGGGUGGACGAUGUGAAGAAGCAUCCAUUUUACCAGAAAAUCAACUGGGAGGACCUUGCUGCUAAAAAGGUGCCCGCCCCGUUCAAACCUGUCAUCCGGGACGAGCUGGAUGUCAGCAACUUUGCGGAGGAGUUCACAGAGAUGGACCCUACCUACUCACCCGCCGCUCUGCCGCAGAACUGUGAUCGCAUAUUCCAGGGCUACUCUUUCAUGGCCCCCUCCAUCCUUUUCAAGAGGAAUGUGGUGAUGGACGAUCCUGUCCAACUUUGCGGUGGCUCUGAACGGCCUGGCUCGGUGGCGGUGGCCCGGAGCGCUAUGAUGAAGGACUCACCUUUCUACCUAAGCUACGAAAUGGACCUAAAGGACAUCGCUCUGGGUGAGGGGAGCUUCUCCAUCUGCAGGCGCUGCACCCACAAGAAAACUGGGCAGAAAUUUGCUGUCAAGAUAGUCAGCAAGCGAAUGGAGGCACAGACUCAGCGAGAAAUAGCUGCUCUGAAGCUCUGCGACAGCCACCCAAACAUCGUCAAGUUACAUGAAAUUUACCAUGACCAGCUCCACACAUACCUCGUCCUGGAACUGCUUGGUGGAGGAGAGUUGCUGGAGCGCAUCCGCCGGAAGCGGCACUUCAGCGAGACGGAGGCCAGUCGCAUCAUGCGGAAGCUGGUGUCGGCCGUCAGCCACAUGCACGACGUGGGCGUGGUACACCGGGAUCUGAAACCAGAGAACUUGCUCUUCACUGAUGAAAGCGAAAACUCCGAGAUCAAAAUCAUCGACUUUGGCUUCGCACGCCUCAAGCCGCCAGACAAUCAGCUGCUAAAGACUCCCUGCUUCACUUUGCAGUACGCCGCGCCUGAGAUUCUCAAGUAUGACGGCUACGAUGAAUCGUGUGAUCUGUGGAGUCUGGGCGUCAUUUUGUACACCAUGCUUUCCGGCCAGGUGCCUUUCCAGUGUCAGGAGCAGAGCCUAACCCACACUAGCGCUGAGGAGAUCAUGAAGAAAAUCAAACAGGGAGACUUCUCCUUUGAAGGCGAGGCGUGGAGAAACGUGUCACAGCAGGCCAAAGAUCUCAUCCAAGAGCUGCUGACCGUGGACCCAAGCAAGCGGAUCAAGAUGUGCGGCCUCCGUGACAAUGCUUGGCUCCAGGAUGACAGCCAGCUAUCUUCCAACCCGCUCAUGACGCCAGACAUCCUGGGCUCCUCCACUGCAUCCGUCCACACCUACGUCAAAGCUACCUUUAACGCUUUCAACAAAUGCAAGCGAGAAGGUUUUCGCUUGCAGACUGUGGACAAAGCGCCUCUUGCCAAGCGGCGGAAGAUGAAGAAGACCAGCACCAGCACGGAGACGCGCAGCAGUUCCGGGGAGAGCACCCAUUCUUCGUCCUCUUCCUCGCAGGAGAAGAACUUUGCUGAGGGGGGCGAUGCCAGCCGCCCGCCAACCGACGACUCGCCGGGCACCACGCCGGCAGGCACGCCCACAGGAAGAGACACAGAGCAGCGGCGGUCAGCAGCUCUUGCAUUUCACUUCUCCGACGGAAAGUGACCACUCUCUCCUCUUUUUGUUUCUUGCAUGGCAAGCAUGCAGCGAGGAGCAGCGACCUCAAUAUCAAGCAAGCAAACCUCCAAUAGCAUUAGGCCAUCUUUGCUUUACACACAUAGAAACACACACUUAAACUCAGUGCAAAAAUACUAACAAAAACCAAUAGAUACAUUCUCACACACUGUGUCAAUGAGAGACUGGACCAGGAAGGAGCUGCCACGGGGGAAAAAAAAAACAUUAAGGGCUGCCCUCCUGUCCCAGCUCCCAACAUUUCCAGCAUCUACCUUCCCUCGCCGCAUUGCGUGUUCCCUCCCCUCCAUGUCCCCUCUACUCAGGAGUUGACCUUUGUGGGUCCACUUCUGAGUGAGGUAUUUAUACGCAAUUUGUAUGUUAGAGUAUUUAUGAUGAAAUGCAUUAUUAACUUAUUUACGACUCCAAGGAGAGAACCCGGAGAGUCUUUAAAAGGAAGCUAUUUUAUGUACAUGUGUCUUGGCUUGUGAAGACUGUUUUACAGGAAAUUUUAUGGUGGCUCCUAUUUGAUAGUACAGCUAGUGUGACAUUAACUCUCUGGCUGCCAUUGACGCCGCCAGACGUCCAAUCCAUUUGGACAUGAAUGACUUGCAGCGAAAAUUUGUCAACACCAGCCAGUUAGUUGAGUGUCAAAACAGUGUAGCACAUAACAGCCUUUUAAAAUGUGGCCACAAAAUACCAAAUUCAUGCUCACAAGUUAAUUAUAAUGCAUGUACGAAAUGCAAAUUUUAGGCCAACAGUUAGUAAAGUGUGCAGGAAAUAGUGUUGUCCUGCCCUGAUACUUAGUGGCAGUAUCGGCAACCGAUUAAAGCUAUUUUUGGAGGAUCGGAUAUUAUCAGACUUGGUCACAAGAUCAGAUCCGACCCAGUGUUUACACGUUUUCAGCACUGUCUCGGUUUUUGGCUGCUGUAAAUCAAAUCACUUGGCAAACAUUUCCGCUGCGUGGGACUACUAUGCUAUAGAAAACAAAGAUGGUAUAAGAUUACCGUGUAAUAAUUGUAAAAAGAAUUUCUUGAAGAAGCACCAGCAGGGCCUAUGAUACGUCAUUUACUGGUUGCAUUAUUUUUAAUUGCCUAAACACAAAAAAACGUAUCAGAUUGCUAACUGCUAGACACAUCUUAAAAAAAAAAAAAAAAAAAAAAAAAACAGAUCAGAAAUCUGUCUCGGCACAUCUCUCGCAUGAUAUACCAAGAAUCUAAAGAUGUCCAUGUUGUUCAUGGGAAUGAUAUUUUAAGAAAAAAAUAAGUAUUUGACAAACAUAUAGAUUAUCAAUUUUGUAGCCACAAUUAGUAUUUUGUGUGAAUAUUGUACAAAAAACUGGGCAGGACUUUUAUAUUGUAUUUUAAAAGAUCGUUUCAAAGAAUCUGGACUGAAAAUCACAUUUCCACCACAUUUGAGCAAGGAAAUACCCCCCAACCAAAAUCCAUCUAAUUGCCCAGCCUUACAUGUGAGUAUUUUGCGUGAUAAAAUUUGGCCGCAAGAAAAAAUUUCACGACUUAUCUGGGCUCUGUACUAAAGUGAGCUCAAGGCAGCAGCUGUGUGCGUAAAGUCCCAAAGCAACCGGCUCAAGGAUUCAUGAAGUUCGAUUCGUGCUUAUUUUUAUAAUAAACGUGCCAAAAAAAUUAAUAUAACUGACUUAAAAAAGCUUUUUUUUAACUUUUAAACUCCAGAAUAGUAGGUGACAGUGUUAUUUCUUUUCUUUGUUUUUUCUCAAAGAAAUGUAGCAUGAGCGAGGUGCAUUUGCAAGGCAACAGUUAUCAACUGAAAACUACCAUUUUAAAUGUGACUUUUAAUCUCGAGAGUUUAAAUGGACGCCGGCCGAUAAUCCUCGCACGUGCUCAGUCGGCAUUCGCCACGACUUUGGUUUUUCAGUGGCAAACUUCAACACGAUAAUGUCGAAAGUUUCAAAAGCGAUACAUGCAACAGGCCGUUUGGCCCCCGUGUCAACUUUGUCGCAGCUUGUGUUUCGUAGACGUGCGUGUGCUCCCCUGGUAGUACUGUUUUUGGUACUGGUUUUGUUUUGGCCGCCGUCUUCCUCUCAUUUAGAAAACCAAAGCGCGACCCUACCGCUGAUAAUAACCUCAAGGUAGCUGCUCCGCGAUCUCUCCUCUUUCUCAUGCAAUUUAUGCAAAACUUGUGUUUGUUUUGUACCACUGCACCUAGCAUCUUGUUUUGCUUUGAACUAUGCAUCCCCUUUACUACUACUUUUUUUCGCUCCAUUUUACUUUGCUUUUGACCUGACGAGCGUGCAAGCGAUUCCUUGCUGAUAUACGCUGCAUCCCUCGUCCACAUUAUAAAGGUGAAAACUCUGAAAAGAAAACUGAAGAGGGAAAUGUGGAAUCCUCGGAGCAGCGGCACUACAAAGCUCCUUUAAACUUAGUACCCCCAUCCCCGCUCCUCUAUCCACCAACCUCCUUUUGUUUGGGUGUAUUAAUAGCUCAAGUGGAGCAAAGAGGAAGAGUGUCCUACAUUGAGCCCCCUCCUCUGGGAGCCCGACUCUAUUAGCUGAUGUGCAGCACUUGUGUUUGUUCCAAAGAAAACAGCAUCCUCUCUCCAUCCAGAAAGAGCGUGUCCACAAGCUUGUCUAAAAUGAGACUCCCGCCAUAUCUGAACACUUUUCUGGAUUUUUAUUAUUCUCAUUUUAUGUCUCAUAGUUGAGACAUAAUGAUGGAAAUUACAGAGAGAAUGUGCACAAUUGGUGUCAUGACUAAUUACAGUACUUUUUUCCCUCAUUGUAUACAGUAAGGAGCAGAAGUAUUUCUUCCCCUUGUGGUUUUGCAAGUUCACCCACUUAGAAAAUAGGUAGGGGUCUGAAAGUUCAAUCAUUGAUGCAUUUCCACUUAUAGAGACAUAACCUAAAAAAAAUAAUAAAACGGAACUCACGUUGUAUGAUUUUUCAAUACCGUAUUGGCCCGAAUAUAAGACAGUGUUUUUUGCAUUGAAAUAAGACUGAAAAAGUGGGGGUCGUCUUGUUUCGCGGUCUAGACAUUAUACCCAUUCACGACGCUAGAUGGCGCCAGAUAUCAUUGAAGCAAUGUUCUGUCAUGACAGAUCCCAGCUACUCUUUUAAGUUUAACCAGUUUGCAUUAUUUUAUUGCAAUGUUUUUCCUUAUUCAGAUUUGUUUCAAGACUACAGUUACAGUUAGAGUUCACUUUGAUGGUUAAUGCAGUUAUUGCAAUUUUGUUGUUUUAUCACAAUAGACUGGUUUAUUUACAUUUCCAAAACCAGAAGCCAUUCAUUCAUGAAUGCGAUUACACUUUAGAUAUUUAAAUGUUCAGAUAUUAAGAUUUGAAUGAGGCAAAACAACAUGCUUUUUCUCUCAAAUAUAUUGUUAUAAUGAUUUGUUUCAGAUGUACUGUAAUUAUUUUCUGUAUAAAAAAUUAAUUUGGUGUUCAAAAAGUCUUAUUUUCAAACUUGAGUCUUGAAAAAGAGGGGGCCGUCUUAUAAUCAGGGCCGUCUUAUAUUCGGGCCAAUACGGUAAUUUAUUUGUAAUUUACUGGGGUUCAUAAUUAUUUGUACCCCUGAGAAAAUCAGUGCUAGAAUUUAGUGUAGAAGCCUUGUAGUUCUUCACUAGGUUUUCACAUAAUGAAACAAGAAUUUUGGCCAAUUCCUCCACACAAAUCUUCUCUAGAUCUGUCAGGUUUCGGGGCUGUUUGAGAAACACAAAGUUUCAGCUCCAUCCAAAGAUUUUGUAUUGGUUUGAGGUCUGGAGACUGGCUAGGCCACUCCAGAAUCUUGAUAUGCUUUUUACGUGGCCACUCUAUAGCCAGCUUGGCUGUGUGCUUCAGAUCAUUGUCAUGUUGGAAGAUCCAGCCACGACUCAUCUUCAAGUCUCUGACUGAGGGAAGGAAGUUAUGGCUCAAAAUCUGACGAUAUAUUUCACCACUCAUCCUCUGCUUUACACAAUACAGUCGUCCUGUCCCGUUUGCCGAAAAGCAGCCCCAAAGCAUGAGGUUUCCAUCCCCAUACUUCACAGUGGGGAUGGUGUUCUUGGGAUUGUACUCAUCCUUCUUUUUCCUCCUCACAACGACACAACAGUUUGCACUAAAAAGUUCUACUUUGGUCUCAUCUGACCACAUGAUUUUCUCCCAUGACCCCUCAGCAUCAUUCAGAUGGUCCCUGGCAAACUUCAGACGGGCCUUCACAUGUACUGGCUUCAACAGGGGAACCACCUGAGCAAUGCACGAUUUUAAACCAUUGCACCGCAGUGUUCUACUGACAGUAGCCUUUGAAACUUUGCAUCCAGGUCUCUUCAGGUCUUUGACCAGCUCCUGCCAUGUAAUUCUAGGCUGAGCCUUCACUUUUUUCAGCAUGAGUGAUGCCGCACAAGGAGAUUUUACAUGGAGCCCCAGUCUGAGGUAGAUUAUCAGUCAUGUUUAUCCUUUCCCAUUUUCAAACAAUUGCUGCAACUAUUGAUUUAUUCUCACCAAGCUGCUUUCCAAUUGUCCUAUAGGCUUUUCCAGCUUUGUGGAGCUCAACGAUUUUUUCUCUGGUGUCCUUCGAAAGCUCUCUGGUCUUGCCCAUGGUAGCAGUUGGAAUAUGACUGAGUGUGGGGUGCACAGGUGACAAUUAUGAGCUCAAACAGGUGGUGGGUGGGUGGUUACUCAUGGUGUAAAGGUGGAGUUUUUUUUUUUUUUUUUUUUUUUGUUAAGGUAGACUGAAUGCUUUGAGUGUCAUAAUUAUUGCUGAUUCUCAGGGGUUCAAAUACUUAUACUUCCAGUAAAUUACAAACAGAUUAUUUUUUAAAAAUCAUACAAUGUGAGUAACGGAUUUUUUUUCAGAUUAAGUGGAAAUGCAUCUAUGGUUGAUUUUUCAGACCACUACCUACAGUAUAUUGUAAGUGGGUGAACUUGCAAAAUUACAAGGGGUGCAAAUACUUCUGCUCCUCACAGUGUAUAGUAACUAUAUGUGCGUGCGUGUGUAUCUACUAUAUGUGUAGGGCGGCAUGGUGAGUAAGUGCGCACAUUCGCCUCGCAGUUCUGAGAUCAAGGGUUCAAUCCCAGCCUCCGACCUUCCUGUGUCGAGUUUGCAUGUUUUCUAUGUGCCUGCGUGGGUUUUUGCCGGGUACUCAGGCUUCCUCCCACAUAUCCAUAAACAUGCAUGGUAGGCUGAUUGAACAAUCCAUAUUCUCCGUAGGUAAAUUGUGAGUGUUAAAUGGCUGUGUCUCGAUAUGUACCCUGUGAUUGGCUGGCAGCACAGGUUGUACCCCACCUCCUGCCCAUAGUUAGAUGGAAUAGGCUGAAGCACUUCUGUGACUCUUUUGACGAUAAGCGGUACAGAUGAUGAAUGAAUGGAUGAAUCUAUGUCAAACUAUACAUAUUAACUAAAUUAUUAAAUGAAGUGAUUUUUAAAGCAAUUUGACCAAAAUGAAAAGUGGCAAGCAAGUACGUAAUGUGCAGUGUUGUGAAAUAAGUCAAAUGAACACUUGUAAAAUGCAAUGCAAAGAUCCUGUAGAAUACGUAUUUCCGACUGAGAUCAACUUCACUUGAGAUGGUCCUAAAAUGAUUAUGAAGUAUUGCCUUAAAAUUGUUGCUACAUUUUAUCCAAAAUAUAUUUAAAAAUUCCUUUAAACAGACUAGCCGCUGCUCCGUUUUCCAUUUUUUUCCCCCUCCUAUCAUGCAUCGAAAAUGUACUGUAGCAGUAAAUCCCUUUGAGAUGCGAUACUUUGCACUCUUUGGUUUCUCUCUCUGACCAAUUUGCAUCAAAAAAGUGUUUUUUUUUUUCUACUUUAUUGAACUUGUUGUCCACUGUGAAUCAUUUGGGUGGGGCCUUUGGCCUAAUGGGGGAAUACUUAAAUUUUCUUCUCUUGAACACAAUCUUACCUUUAUUGUGUGCUGAUGUUGUUUAUUUGUUUUUGUAUUGUUAUUUUUGAUGUGUACAAAAACCUGCUUAAAAUUUUACGCAGGCGUGUUGUUUUAUUGAUCCGCCGCCAGAUAGCAGCAAAGCACAUGCAACAGGGUUUUAAGCUAUUCGAGUCCCAAACAUCCUUUAAAGGUACUCUGUUUGAAAUUGUGUCUAAACUACUGUAAUAAUUGUUGACUGAUCUGUUCGUCUUCUGCGAUUUUCUUCCUCCAGACCAUUGCGUGAUGUGCAAAUAUAUUUAUUUUUAGA